AAUUUACCAUGGUCAACUGUAACCAUUUCUAGUUGUCUCAUUUCAUUUAAAUAUCUAAUAUGUACCAUAUUUAUCUUCACUCCCAUCAGUAAUUAUAAAUUUGAUAAGUGUCAAUCAACGACUAGAAGUCUGAUAAACACACAUAACAAUAAAUUACUGAGUACAUGUUUCUCAUUUAAUUUACUAUUCGCUGUCAAUCACUAAUCUAAUACAUCGUCCUUGUGGUUUUUUGAACGCAAUUUUUAUUCACUUCGAUGAGAUCGACUAGAUAUUCAAAGCAACAUAAACUUCUUGGAGAAUUUAUGAACAUUGCAGUUGAUGCACUCUUACGUUCGUCAUGCAUAAUGAUAUUACUACCAACAUUGUUUAAUUCAGAAGCUCAUGCAAAAAUCACCAUCGACGAUGAUACUGGUUACUUUGUUGAUUCACAAGGAUUUAUUAAAUUAUUUCAUGGAAUCAACUGUGUGCAUAAAGUCGCACCAUUUUACUUUCCAAAACUACUUGACCCUGAUUCAUUCAGAGUACUCAGAGAUUGGGGAAUUAAUGUUAUACGCUUAGAAUUCAAUUGGAUAGCAUUAAAACCACAGGAAAAUGAAACCAGUCGAGAGUACUUAGAUAUCAUUGAGAAGAUUAUCGACAAUGCUGGAUUAUAUGGAGUUUAUAUUAUCAUUGACUUGCAUCAAGAUGGAUUAUCGAAACGUCUAGGUGCAAUCGAUGCUGUGCCUAAUUGGUUUAUGGAUAAAAUAAAGCGACCACCAUAUUUAUUCCAAUAUCCUUGGCCACUAACGAAAGAUCCAAGUAAAAGCAACUGGUUUCUAACGUACGCCACAUAUGAGAGUGCACAUGUAUUUCAAAGUAUAUAUAAAAAUGUCUCAGGAACAUGGAAUUAUUUUGCAGAAUAUUGGAGGAUAACAACCAGUCGUUUCGGGAGGAAAGAUAACGUUCUAGGUUAUAAUUUGAUAAAUGAACCGCCACCUGGAAAUUUCUACAUAAAUCCAUUCCUUCUUUUGCCUAAUAAUGCAGGUCAAAAUCUCUUACCAUUUUAUGAUUAUUUGGUGAAUGUUAUUCGCCAAACAGACAAGAAUACAUUGAUAUUUUACGAGAGUGUAACUUAUGGAAUAUAUUUUCCAUUUGUCAAUGGAAUACCCGGUACUGGCAUCCAACGUGUUCCUGGUCUAUUACAGGAUGAGAUGGCCAGAAAGAAGAGUGUAUUAUCUUAUCAUUACUACUGUUGGCUAUUGGAAUCGACACCAUCUACACAGGAUAUGCCAUCAUGGAAACGAUAUUUGUGUGAUCAACUGCUCUUGAAUCAUGCAUUCAAUAAUGUGAAAAGUAUAGUUAAAUUCACUGGUGGCGGACGCUUUUUAACAGAAUUCGGUCUGUGUCUUCCUGAUGGUAAUCCACAUUCAAUAAAUACAGUUGAAUGUAACGCAGUGAUGAAUGCAGCUGACCGUAACUUCGAAUCCUGGACCUAUUGGGACGGAAAUGAAUUAUUUCCUAACUUAAUUGUGAACAACAUUUCCUUGAAAUCAUUCAGUCGUACAUAUCCACAAUCAACUGCCGGUCGACCUGUCCAGCUGAGAUUCGAUGUUGAUUCAGGUGUGUUUUACUAUGCUUUUGUACCAACACAGAAGUAUUGUACAAAUGUGGAUGCAGCAUUGUUAGUUGCAGAGAUUUUUGUUCCAAUGUCGAUUCAUUAUCCAAAUGGAGUGAGAACUCGUUUUAUACCAGAACAAUUGUAUUAUAAAAUGUAUGAAAAUAAUACUAAUUUAAUGUUUGUCUAUGCAACAUGUACGUUGAUCAACACAAAUAUUGAACUUAUGCAAAUAACCAUCAUACCAAACACAAUUCAAGAUAAGCAUUCACACAACAAUAAUUAAACUCAUUUACUAACUUAUUACAAAUCUUUAUCAAUAUUGUUCAUUGUGAACUGUUUGAUUAUAUUUUCACAUCUUUCUUUAUAUUUUGAGUAAACCAAAGAAAUAUUACUUGAUAAAAUAUGAAUCAUUAAUGCAAUAAAACUAGACUACAAUAAACUGCAUGCACUGCAUCAAAGCAAUAACUCAUUAAUCGUUUUUUUCAUUGAAUUAUCACUAUUUACAUUUAUAACUGAAUAUAUAUAAGCAACUGUGAUUAUGCUGACGUUCAAUGUUCUCAAAUUUCCACUAAUUAUCAUUACAUUCACGUUCAAGUGAUUAUGACAUACAGUUGAACAUAUUGAAAAGAUUUCAAAUACUAUCAAAUUAAGAUGUUUCGCUUAUCAAAACCAGUUUUCUUUUCCAAUACCCUAAUCCUAUUCCAUACACUCGACAUCUUUCAGAUUUUCCUAUUCAUCAAAUUCUCAAUAAGUUAUGUGAACUUCUGUAGAUGUAAUCACAAAAUAGUCACGUAUUUUCUAUAAAAAAUGUAAAAGUUUAUAUUUACCGUUGUUCAAAAAAAUGCAUUUUGAUAUGUGUUACUGUGGUAUUUGAAUGAAUUAAUGAUUCCUUUGUACUUGUUGAAUGCCUGAUUUCGAAUUCUAAAUACAGUACAUUCGUUAGUG